GGCGUGUCCGAGUGGCAGAAUAUUGAGUUUGCGAGUGGGAAUCGUGGCUGCAUCUCAGCUGUGCAGGCUGCCACACGACCAGCUGGUCACGGGUGUGCGGAGAAUGAGCUUAUUAAAUGGCGGCAGGCGCUCACAACGCAAUGUGUCGUCGCAGAGGACAGAGAAAGUUGAGCGCACAGCUGAUCCUGCCACUAUUGUGCCUCGAGAUCGCUGCAGAUGAACGACAACCCCAUGCUCUUCGUCAUAUUCCCAUCACUUUGGAUGUGCGGAGUCCUCCUGCUGGACCACCUGCCCACACUCGCUCCCAAAUGAGAACGGUACCAUCUUUCGUCCUCGUCUCGAUGCAGUCCUACCGCCCCUUAUGGCUUAUGGGAACGAGAAAGUGCGGGGCCGAGCUGGCCCCCGCUGUGAACAACCAAGGGUUCUGCUACCAUGUGUGUGUGGGGAAUGCCGAGCUCUUCGCACGCACGCGCCCGCAUGUCAGGCGCGACCAGGCGACCAGGCGAGUGCAUCAAUUCAUCUUGUCGUCCCAGAAGUUCGGGUCUCCCUCGGAAGCGCAGCCCUACUGUCGCCCUGCAGGCCCAAGAUCCUCGCAAUGACCUCUUGGCUGCCAUCACUGUCGUACUACUCCGCUGCCUCAAGCCAUGCAUUGCGUCGCCGACCCUACGACCCUCCUUCGCACAUGCAAGGCACUAAAGCAUCUAGUGAGAGCCAUGGUACGAAUAUCAUGCAGGAAGCGCGUCCUGCGGGACACGCUAACGGAUCUUGUA